UGAUGGAACUACAGAUCCUAAAAAUUCAACUAAUAUAGAAGAUAAACUUGGUAUUGAAAAUAAAUCUGAUAUUGAAUGUGAAGAAGAUAGUUCUGGUAUUGAACUUGAAGUUGGUAUUGAAGAUGAAUUUGAUAUUGAAUAUAAAGAAGAUGGUUCUGGUAUUGAACUUGAAGAGAAUACUGAUAUUAUUAGUGAAUCUGAUAAUGUCUCUAAAAAAACUGAUAAUUAUCAAUAUAGGCAUCUAUAUCAGGAAAUUUUUUAA